CUUUUUAAUCAGUGCCCUCUCUCUGUCACCGUCACUGUUUUUUGACGCACGUGAAGUUCAAAGGAGUUUUUUGAGAAGAAUUUUGCUAAAUUUCGAAAAAAAUGUUGGCCGCAGCUCGUGUUCUCAGUCGCAAAGCCGUUGAAUGCUCGAAAUUUAGUUACAAGGUUGUGGGGAAAAGGAACUUCAGCUACUUGACAAACAACACUUCCUCGUACACUUUACACCCGAAAUAUGACAUCCAGACUCGUUUUAAGUCUGAGGGAGUCAAAGGUGCCGUCAUUGGCAUCGAUUUGGGUACCACAAACUCAUGUGUUGCCGUCAUGGAAGGCAAACAAGCAAAAGUAAUUGAAAAUUCUGAAGGUUCUCGCACAACUCCCUCAGUUGUUGCGUUUACCAAAGAUGGUGAACGGUUGGUGGGAAUGCCGGCAAAACGGCAAGCAGUAACUAAUUCAGCCAACACAUUCUAUGCCACAAAACGUCUAAUUGGUAGACGAUUUGAUGAUAGUGAAGUCAAAAAAGACAUGAAUAACGUUUCAUACAAAAUCGUCAAAGCUUCCAAUGGUGAUGCUUGGAUACAAGGAAGUGACGGAAAAAUGUAUUCGCCUAGUCAGAUCGGUGCCUUUAUUUUGACAAAAAUGAAAGAAACAGCUGAAGCUUAUUUAAAUACUAAAGUUAAGAAUGCUGUUAUCACUGUCCCAGCGUACUUUAAUGACUCGCAAAGACAGGCAACGAAAGAUGCUGGGCAGAUUGCUGGUUUGAACGUUUUGAGAGUCAUCAAUGAGCCAACGGCUGCGGCUUUGGCCUACGGUAUGGAUAAAACUGAGGACAAAAUAAUUGCUGUUUACGAUUUGGGUGGAGGUACUUUUGAUAUCUCAAUUCUCGAAAUCCAAAAAGGCGUUUUUGAAGUAAAAUCGACCAAUGGUGACACCUUCUUGGGUGGUGAAGACUUCGACAACGUGCUUGUCAAUCAUUUGGUCUCUGAAUUCAAAAAAGAGCAGGGAAUUGACGUGACUAAAGACGCCAUGGCCAUGCAACGUCUCAAAGAGGCGGCCGAGAAAGCUAAAAUCGAAUUGUCGUCUUCCAUGCAAACGGACAUCAAUCUACCGUAUUUGACAAUGGACGCGUCAGGUCCAAAACACAUGAAUCUCAAAUUGUCUCGCUCGAAGUUUGAAAGUCUUGUUGGUGAAUUGGUCAAACGCACAGUUCAGCCGUGUCAGAAAGCUCUAAAAGAUGCGGAAGUUGCCAAGAACGAAAUUGGCGAAGUAUUGCUCGUUGGAGGUAUGACAAGAAUGCCGAAAGUCCAAAGCACUGUUCAAGAUAUUUUCGGCAAACAACCAAGUCGUGCUGUCAAUCCCGAUGAAGCUGUAGCUGUCGGGGCUGCAGUUCAAGGUGGUGUUUUGGCUGGUGACGUCACCGAUGUCCUUUUGUUGGAUGUUACACCGCUGUCUCUUGGUAUUGAGACUUUGGGAGGUGUUUUCACUAGACUAAUCUCGAGAAAUACAACCAUUCCGACAAAGAAAAGUCAAGUUUUCUCGACCGCUGCUGAUGGCCAAACACAAGUCGAAAUUAAAGUACACCAAGGUGAACGUGAAAUGGCUGCAGAUAAUAAACUUUUGGGACAAUUCUCACUUGUUGGAAUUCCACCAGCACCUAGAGGAGUUCCUCAAAUUGAAGUAACUUUCGAUAUUGAUGCCAACGGUAUCGUUCAUGUGUCGGCCAGAGACAAGGGAACAGGAAAGGAACAACAAAUUGUGAUCCAAUCAUCUGGUGGUUUGAGCAAAGAAGAAAUCGAAAAUAUGGUGCGCAGAGCAGAAGAAUACGCCAAAGAAGAUAAGAUUAAAAAGGAACGAGUUGAAGCUGUCAAUCAAGCUGAAGGAAUUGUGCACGAUACUGAGACCAAAAUGGAAGAAUACAAAGACCAAUUGCCUAAAGAAGAGUGUGAUAAAUUGAAAGAAGAGAUCGCUAAAGUUAGAGAAAUGUUGGCGAAGAAAGACGAAACCGAUCCCGAAGAAAUUCGUAAAGUCACAGGCACACUUCAACAGUCAUCACUUAAAUUGUUUGAAAUGGCUUACAAAAAGAUGGCAGCAGAUCGUGAAGGCAGUGGUGGUAGUAGCAGCAGCGGUUCUUCAGAACAACAGUCAGAGGAAACAAAAGAAAAGAAAGAAGAUAAAAAUUAAAUAAAGUUAAAUGUUUUUGUACAGACUUUAGUGACUAUUUGUGAUGAAGCCGAAGUUGCGUACCGUUUUCUGUUGUUGUACGUUUGGCGAGUAAAUGAGAUUCUAGUUAAAAAGACGGAUCUUGUAUCUCCUUAUCGUCUCUUUAAUUAGGAAAAGUGUGCGUUCAUAAUAAGUUUUAUUUUUAAUUACAUGUUACUGAUAGUGAUACUGUGACUGUAAACCAGUUAUCUGUUCUAUUGUAAAUUUUUAGUAAUAAAAAUAAUUUUGUA